UGUUCCCUCCUUUUCUGGACAGUAUAGUGGCGGUGGCGGUUGGGGAUUAGGGAAGAGAGUUAGUUCGUUGGAAGGGUUGGUGGCAGAGAUGAAAAUUAAGCAUGAUGCGGAUAAGGAGAGAGAACGUCGGCUGAAAGAAGAUGAAGAUCGCAAACGGCAUGAGCGUGAAGAAGAGGAGAAGAGGCUACGUGAGAAGAAGGAACGUGAAGAGCUUCAGGCGCAGAUGUCCGAGAAGAUCGACAAAGUCUAUGAGGCAAUUAAUGAAAAGAAGAAUAGUGACAAGGAUAAGCUGGAGAAACUGAAAUCGCUUGUUGAUGAGAUUGGGAAGAAGAGCCGUGGAGCUAGUACUUCUGCCACGGGGUCUAUGCCUGUUGUUGAAAAUUUGGAGGAGGUCAUCCAUUCUCUGCAACGGCAGUGUGAGGCCGCCGAGGCAAAUGCAAAAGCCUGGAAGAUGGAAGCGCUUCGGCCCGAAAACAAGUGAGGGAGUGUCGCUAUUGGUGAGUCCCUGACUACCCAAGCUAGGGAGAGGAUGCGGACAACCUCCGCUCCCACACCUUCUAGUCGGGUCAAUGUGCAGCUGAAGGGGAUAGUGGAGAUACAUCAGGCCGAGGUUGACUUGCUGAAGGAUAUGCGACUGAUUGAGGUGAAUGUGAUGAAACGGUCUGAAGCUGAAGUCGAACGUCUUAAGAAAGCAAUGAAGAAGCUCAAGAUGG